CUCCAAUAUCACGAUGGUGACCGCUCACAACAGUCCCUUUGUGAAGAAAAACAAUGUCGCCGCCAAUCAGGCAUACCCGGUCCGCACUCAGCUCGAGGACGGCGUACGCAUGGGUCAGUUCCUCGAUCCUCGUUGCACACCACGCCUUCGCUCACUGUCAGGCAGUCUCCUUUGAAGCACAUUACUAUCAGGAUGACAUCUACCUUUGUCAUACCUCGUGCGAAUUGCUGAACAUGGGCACCCUGGAGAGCUACCUCACCAACGUCACCGACUGGGUCAAAGAGAAUCCCUAUGACGUGGUGACGGUGUUGAUUGUCAACUCCGACUACGUGGAUCCCUCCAACUUCACGGCUCCCAUCCAGAAUUCCGGCUUGAUCGACUACGUUUACGAGCCGUGGAAAAUCCCGAUGAAUGUCAGCGACUGGCCGACCCUGUCCGAAAUGAUUCUGGCCGAGAAGCGCGUGGUCGUGUUCAUGGACUAUCAGGCCGAUCAGAGCUCGAUCCCCUACAUCCUCGACGAGUUCAGCCAGAUGUGGGAGACCCCCUUUUCUCCUCUCAACGCUUCAUUCCCUUGCACGGUGCAGCGACCACCGGGGAUCACCGCGGCGGAGGCCGAGGAGCGGAUGUACAUGAUCAACCACAACCUCGACAUUGAAGUGAUGCUGGAGGGAAUUGAGAUUCUGAUCCCAGAUACCGCGCAGCUGAACACCACCAAUGCUGUAUCUGGGUUCGGCAGUCUGGGGCUCAUGGCCAACAAUUGCCGGGCCACAUGGGAUCGUCCCCCCAACUUUCUCCUAGUCGAUUACUACAAUGAUGGCAACUUUCCUGGAUCGGUCUUCGAGGUUGCAGCCCAGAUGAACAAUGUCACGUAUAAUGGCAAGUGCUGUGGAGCUACGAGUGCGGCUGCGCACCGGGUCAGGGCUGCAGGUGUAGGGAUUUUAGUGCUGAUGUUCUGGGCCGGAGUGGCCUUUGUAUGAGAU